GCUCCGCGCACCGUCAGUCCACGCUGGAUUCCCGCGCCGUUCGGUUCGUGGUGUAGUGCCUGUGCAAGGUUCGAAUUUGACAAGUCUUAUCAGAAUUUUCGAAUCGCGUCUUCCUUAUUUUCUCUGCUAUUACGAUUAAUACUCCGAUUAUUCUCGAUUACGUGAUUGUUUUCAACGCGUCUCGCGUGAUUGAGAUCGUAAAGGUUAGCGAUAGACAAUCGAAAGGGCAAAGGCGGUUAAGGGAACACAAUGCCAGCGGAUGCGGAACUCAGUAAUCUGCUUAGCAGGAGGCAAAGGAUCAACGAAGAGCUCGAGGAAGGGAAAGAAGUGAAAAAGCAGUACAAAUUCGUGAACGUUUACACCGAAUUCCACGAGCUGUCUCGUCGGGAGAUCAAGCAGUACGAGCAGACCUUCAACAGAUUCGAUGCUGGCCACGAUGGAUUUCUGGAUUUAGCCGAGCUGAAACGUAUGAUGGAGGUUCUAGGAGCACCGCAAACUCAUCUCGGUUUGAAGGCGAUGAUACAGGAAGUGGACGAGGACGGCGAUGGACGGAUUUCCUUCCGCGAGUUUCUGUUGAUCUAUCGCAAAGCACGUGCCGGUGAACUGGAACAGGAUUCCGGAUUGGGCCAGCUGGCUCGUCUCACCGAAGUCGACGUGGACGAAGUAGGAGUCACUGGAGCCAAGCACUUUUUCGAAGCGAAGAUCGAGCAGCUACGGAAGACGAGCAAAUUCGAGGACGAAAUCCGUAUGGAACAGGAGGAACGAAAACGAGAAGAGGAAGAUAGAGCGGCGAGGCGAGCGCAGUUCAGACAAAAAGCUGCUCUGUUUGGCAAUUGAAAAGAAAAUUCACGGAUCGAGAAAGUGCCGAGCCACUUCUGCACCUCAAUGGAAUUACAAACGGUUGCCUUAAUCCGAUUCACCUGUUUCGUAAUGCGAUACGUCGAUCAACAUUGUCUCGUUAGAUCGGCUUUAGCGAUCGUUGCAGCAUUAGAGAGCGUUGAUUCUUGGCAAGGGAGGAGAACUAUUGUUUCUAAGCUUUUAUCGAUUUUCAUCUUUUAGAGGAAUUGUUUUUUUAUACGCACUUCGAGUACUGUGACCAAUAGUGACAUUAGUUUUAGGAUUGAGAUUAUUUUGUAAGUUCUUUUUGGUAUGAUAAGUAUUAAGGAACUUUUAUAUACAGAAAAAAUAAUUGUGUAAAAGUAUCAGCCUUUUCAUUAUUUCGGCAGGUUCAGUUAUGCUUUUGGAAUUUUUAAAAGCAUAAUUGAUCAUUUAGACGAUAUUUCUUUAGGUUUCGUACAAUUAGAUUCUUUUGGAUACGUAUAACGAAUAAAUAGAAUAGGAGAUUUUAACGAACGCACGACUGAUAUUCUAAAUGUAACAUGUACAUGUGUGUAUAAUAAUUUAUAUGCUAAUUUCAAUUUUAAUUGUAAAGGUUGACGCACUGUUGAGAAAAAAAAGAUAAACAUUUUGCAACACAUUCUUGAUGGGGUGAUUUUGGAUGAUUUUAUCAUUGCUUAUUUAUAUCUGCAUCACUUUACUUUUAAAAUGAAAACAAGGAAUUUUUAUCGAAGAUAGGAUUGAUGAAUGUAUUUUCAGUCAAUGUGUACAUGUUUUUAAUGGUAUCUCAUUUUAUAUCAAUUUAAAACAAGUAAAACUUGAUCUUCAUUUAAAACGUAAAAUUUUAAGAAAUACGUUUUGAAAUAAAAUCACCAAGUCCACUGGUCAGUGUUGCGAAUUGUACAUAUAAAAUAUAAGGGACAAUAGAUAUGGCUUAAAUAAGCCUAUAAAAUUAGAUUGUAAAUAAAUCUUUUUGUUCCAACAA